ACAUAUUUUAAUUAAUUCAGUUUUUCUAUACUACAAAAUUUUUAAAAACGGUGUUUAUAAUAUUUAAAAAAAAAUUUCAAAAAUUUAUAAAUUGAAAUUGCGUUGACAACAUUGGUUUCGUUUUGCCCCACAACUAGAAAUGAAUACGUCAUUGUAGUGUUAACAGCUGAUUGGUCAUUCAUGACAUCUUUUUGUUUUGACUUUAACCUUCCAUUCUGUCAUACUAAUUUGAGGUUACAUACGUGGAACUGGAACAUCAUCACAGUUAAAAUUUAAGCCAGUAAUUAUCAAAGAAAAUGUCUUCAAAACGAAGAAAUAAAAAAGAUAUAAUUGCUAGGGUUAAUUUCCCUCUUUACACUGUCCAAAUGCUAACAUCAAGACAUGUAAUCGUCGGAGGAGGUGGAGGUACUUCAAAAACUGGCGUUCAAAAUGGUUUUGAAAUAUUUGAAAUAUUUCACGAUGGUAGUCGUUUUGCUGCUAAAGAAAUUACCAGGCAUGAAACAGGAGGAAAUGUUGUAAUGAAUUGUUCAGUAUACAGUAACAAAAAACAUUCUCUGUUAGCUGCAGGUAGAGAAAAUCAUUGUCAGUUAUAUAAAGUUAACUCAAAGUUAAUGGAAGAAGUCGUAAGCAUUGGCAAUGAUACUCACAUUAGACAAAGAAAUGCUAAAGUAAAAGAAGUUACAGAUGAUAAUAAAAAUGUGAAAAAAGAAUUGUAUUUUGAAGUUAAACCGUUAGACAGUGUACAAACUGAUUUUAAUGGUAGUGAACCACUAUCUAGGGUAGUCAAAAUUAACCAUGAUGGUACAUUAUUAGCAACUGGAGGUACUGAUUGUGAUGUAAGAAUAUGGAAAUUUCCUAGUAUGCAACCUUUAUUCAUUCUAAAGGCACAUAAGAAAGAAAUAGAUGAUAUAGAUUUCAGUAGGUACGAUAAUUAUAUAAUUACUGUUGCCAAAGAUGGUUUAGCAGUUUUAUGGGAUUGCCUUACAGGGAUGGAAAGGACAAAACUUACAUGGAAACAACCCGAAGGAUCAAAAUAUUUAUAUAAAAGAUGCAGGUUUGGAAUUAUUGAGGGACUUGAUAAAAAAUGUGCUCUAUAUACAAUAGUAAAUCCUACAGGUUUAGCCAAAAAGCAAAAAUCUUAUCUACAGCAAUGGAUACCAGAAGAGAACCUUUUAAAAAAAAUGUUAGAGUUUGAUGAAAGUUUAGCCUCUUUAGCAGUUAGAGAUGAUGGCAGAUUUGUAGCUGUUGGUACAAUGUUUAGUGGUUCUGUCUCAAUUCACGUAGCAUUUAGUUUACAGAAAAUAUCAACAGUUGUUGGAGCACAUUCCAUGUUCGUUACAGGUCUAGAAUUUGUAUCGGCGCAGAAUACAAAUCAUUCCAUUAGUAGUGUAGUUGAAGCCGCAGUCUUGUCAAUUUCAGUAGAUAACCAAUUGUGCAUACAUACAGUGCCAUACAGAAAAACCAUACCUUUGUGGAUUGGAAUAGUACUACUCAUUUUUACGUUAUUCUUGACAUUUUUAUUUUGUGCAUAUUUAGGGUUGUGAUGUUACAUUAUUUAAUAAGAAUAAUUUAUAUAUAAUAUAUAUAUAAAAAAAAUAGGAUGAUUUUUUUUAAAUAGUUCAAGUACUUUUUUAAUACGUUACGUGGGAAUAAGAUAAAGUUAAAUUGACACACUUUUGACUUGAAAUAUUACUGACUGAAAGAUGGGAAAUUGAGGAACUUCGUUCAAAACAUUUGUCGAUAAACAUAAAUUGGGCAAUUUAUUAAAUAUAAUUUUAAAAAG